AUGGCAGAGUACGAGAUCGUUUCUCAAUUCACUGAGGACGCUUAUGCCAAAGAAGACCGCAUCUGUGAUCGUCCUGUUUGCAGGGCCAAGAUCAGGAAAGGACAACCUGGGCGUAAUGUGUGUGCAUCCUGCCACGCACAUUACAAGAAGAACCCAGCGACCUCAGUGAGGCCCACCCACCGAGCCCAGCAGCUGCGUCCGUUUACCAGUGCGCAGGGUUCAAUUAACGACCGCGUUCCUAACUUGCACGCAAUUCAACAGUCAGUGAAUGCAGCACAACGGAAAUUAACAGUCAAUCCUCCACCUGUGGUGGCCAAGCCUCGUCGCACUGCAGGGCCAGACGUCAUGAUACCUACAUCAUGGCAAGGCUCGUCACAGCCGGCAGGUUCAUCACGCUCAGCUGGUUCAAUUGGGUAUUCGUCUCAACAUGGGCUAUAUCGUAUGGAGCACGAACGCCGGGCCAAGAUGGCUUAUGCCACGGGCUUGCCUCCAGCGGAGACCAUCCUAAUCGAGAUUAGUGCAGUUCAUGAAGGCGGAGGUCGCAAGAAACGUGGGGUUCCCAUUGGGAAUAUAUGCGAGGGAAAGAAGGGCAUCGAUGCACAGAUUGAUGCACCAGGGCUGAUCGAGCUCGCAUUGGUGACUAUCGUGCCCAAGUUACAGAUUUUUGGCGGUGAAUUUGUCUGGCGGGUCAAUGAGUUUAUAGUGCGAGAUUCUGGAUGGGUGGAUCUUUCCAGUCACCAGCCCUCGGUUGCUUACUUCUAUGAUCAAUGCCAGCAGCUAUCCCGCAAAGGAUCAAAGACCAUGGUAUUCAAAUCGAAGCAGUUCGCACUAAUGGUCGUUGUCCCUGAGACUCAGUGGAUUGAAUACGAGAAUUGGCGGGAAGAUGCUGAAAUGAAUGCCGCUCGUAUCAGUCAACAUGCUGCUCACAAAGUUACCCAAGUCCCCUCUUCGAUACGAUCCUCAUUGGACUUGGAGAGUGAGUUUGAUACAGCCACCGCCACCAAUGACGGUGUGAUUUUACCUACGACCACUGCGACUACUUCCGCCAAGCGAGCCCAUCAACACACUGACAGCUCUAGUAGCUUUAGUAUUCCAUCUCCUCCUCGAAAGACGACCACUGCGACUACUUCCACCAAGCGAACCCAUCAACACACUCACAGCUCUAGUAGCUUUAGUACUUCGUCUCCUCCUCGAAAGAGAGAUGUUGUACCUGCAGCUCUCUGCUCACCCAAUCGUGACCAACUGAAGGAAGUCUUGAGGAUCGGAGGAGGCACUGAUAUAGAUGUGAAGCAAGUCUUUGGGCGACAGAACGAGAGGAUCCACUUCUACCUAAUCCCUUCCCGCUCCAUGACCGACCUGUUACUCGACAAGAACCACUCCUUUUCAGUGGAAACUGCUGAGUGGUCCGUGGGCGAGCUGAUUAUCGACACAUCGGCUCAAGGCUUGAUUGGAGUUGGAGGCUUCAAAACUGCCCACACAGGAUGGCUCACACUGAUGGCCCCACCGAAGGCAGGCCCCGGUUCUGUUGCACGGGAUAAGAUUGUCUCCAAACGACCCUACCAUAAGGUAUUCGCGACACCAACUGCAACAACGGGACCAUACAAGAUUGCCCGUUAUUCACUCGUUGACGAGCUAUCAAAGCUCUUUAGGGAGGCGAACGUCUUGUACUGGGCCAAGUCCUUGUUAAAGCUAACCUAUGACUUCAUCGAUCGUUGCAUCGCAUCUUCGUCUGAACCACCCCCAUUCCUAAUUCCACAAGUUCGCUUUGUAGAAGCUGGACUCGCACUGGCUUAUCAUCAGGGCGGUAGCAAACCUGGAAGCAAGACUGGGUCCACACGCGCCGUCUUCCUUCUCGAAGAGUUCAUUGAUAGCGAUGGGGAAGACUUCGUCAAAUUCAUUCAUAAUAUGGAUGCCAACCCUUUGGUUGACUAUGACGAAUAUGGCUAUGACUUGGCGGUGUUCUUCGCAUUCACGCAGCAUGUACAAUAUGUCAAGACCGGUAAAUUGGCAUUUAUAUCUGAUUAUCAAGGCGUGCAACAACAUACCAGGAGUACAACAUUGCUGACAGACCCUCAAAUUCUGACACAUCCAACCGUCAGUGAAGGACGCGAUAUUUUUGGGGAUGGAAACAUGGAGAUGACCGUGAGUCAGUUUGAGAAGGACCAUGUUUGCAACAAGUACUGCGAAUGGCCAGCAUUUGGGCUGGAGGCUUAUGCAGGUGGAGCAGAAAGUGAAACCUCGUAG